AUGCGGGUUGGGGCGCCCCCUGAAUGCGCGUCCACGCGCGCGCUGCGGUGCGCACGUGUGUGCACCCGCACGCCGGCGGGUGCUCGACUGCGGUAUUGUCCAGCUCGAGUGAAAAAUCGCGACAUCGCGACGCGGAGCAAUGCGAGACAUGGCGAGGAAGGCAGCGAGGGGGGCAAUUCCGGCAGCCUCUGGGCCGAGGUGGGCCGAGCGGCGCUACGGUGGACCGGGGUCCUUCCUUCUGUCCCCUCGGGCCUGCUGGACAGCAGCACAGCCACGGAACAGGACGAGCGGGCCUCGGGGGAUGACCUGGGGUCCAGUGGUGCCUCCGAGUCCUCUUCCGCUCCCGCGACGGCCUCUGGUGGCUUCGACAGCCCGAGCAGCAGCAUGGACGCGGCGAGCUCUCUCGCUACCGCCGCCGCGGCCGCGGACCUGGCGCUCCCGCACCCCGACAGCGUGUGGGAGGCUGCGGCCCCUCUGUCUUGGCGGCUCUCCGCGGGGCCCGGGCCGGGCAGCGACGAGGCGCCGAACCCGGCGUUCGCUGGCAUGCACGAGACGGCGAUCACGUCGGCCGUUCUGCCGCUCCAGGCCAUCGAGAACGACCAGAGAAAGGCUUUGAUCGGCAUCGCAGCGCAAACGUUGCGCGAUGCCGUCGCGCAGCUCCCCGAGGAGGCGAGGUCCGCGACGGGCGCGCAGUGGCGGGCCAUCGCGCUCGCGCUCACGGCGUCUUGCAGUCUGACCGCGGCCAAGGAGUGGCUAGGGUACGUGCCUACGUCCCUCAAGGAACAGGCCGAGGAGACCCUCGCGGCGCUGGCGCCCGAGAACGACGACUCGGACAGCGCGGAGGCGGGCGCGGCGCCCGAGAAGCCGCGCCGCUGGUCGCUGGCCUCGGCCAAGGCGCCCUCGCGGCGCGACCUCGCACAGUUCGCGACGGACGCGCAGGGCCUGGGCGCGCGCGAGGGCUCCGAGGGGCUCUGGAAGGACUUCUCGGAGCGCGUCGGCGUGCACGCGUCCGUCCUGCGGUACCUCCGGUUCGGCGACCUCUCGCCUCGGGCUGCGGGGAGCGCGACAACGGAGCCCCCCGCGAUGGCGGGGCGCGCGCAGUCCCGCAACUCGGUGCUCCAGCGGUCCGCCGCGGUCGUCCAGGACCUCGCAGUGUGCGUCGCGAGCGCCGUCGCGGAGGCCUACCUCGCGGAGGCGCGCGCCGGGGAGGAGGGCGGCGCGUACGUGCGCGGCGCCGACGCAGGCGACCCGAUGGGCGGCGGCGGGUGGCCGCGGUUCCUGCACCCGCGCAUCACGAGCACGCGCGCGCUCGAGCGCUUCCGGAACCAGGUCGAGCUCAGCCGGGCGGCGUACCGCUUGUUGGGAUCCGUGGUGGCAGUGUUCGAAGACCGGCACCCGCUUUUCGGCGUAUCCGCGUCGGGGCACCUGGUGACGCGGUCGCUGCGGGUGCGGCGGGCGCGGGAGCUGGACGGCAUGACGGGCUUGCGGUCGUUCGUGGCCGUCGCGCUGGAGUGCGCGGACGUGGCCUUCCCGCUGCUGCGCGCGCUGUGGGCGCGCGUCGGGGACGCGGUGUCGUGGCUGCUGGUGAGCCUGAUCGGGCGGUCGCUCGGGCUGAUAUACAAGGGCAUCCGACAGUCGCUGGGGGGCCGGAAGAGCGGGCGGAACGAUCGGGCGGGGGCGCAGGAGCCGGAGACGAUGGAGGGGGGUGCGGUGUGGUAG